CAAAAACUUGUCUUUCAACUCGACAACCAAAGUGAAAAAUAAACACCAAAUAAUUGAGUUCUAACUUUGAAGAAGUUUUACUUGCAACGAAUAUAAUGAACAAGAUGGUGUAUUUCGGAUGUUUGGCUCUUGCCUCAUGUAUCGGUAUGGUUCUUGGUUACGGAAGUGUUAUGACCGGUCACAAACAGUUCGCAGCAUACCCUAACAUGGCUAACGUAGGUUAUGGGUACGUUCCCUACAUGACUGGACCUUCAGGAUUCGGAGGUUUCCUUGGCCACACCGGAGGAUCGACUGGUGGUAUGGGAGGAAUCUUUGGAAACAUAAUGCAGUUGUUUAUGUUUAUCUUUGUGAUCAACAUCUUGUUCUCGAGCACUGGUCUCGGCUCUGGUGGUCUUAACAUUGGCAGGAAAUCCUCACAUCAUUCUUCUGACUACGACUUCUACUGA